GAGGAGGAGGAGGCGGCGGGGGGCGUGCCGGGCGGCGUGGAGGCGCUGGUGGAGGCGGCGGUGGCGCGGCGCGCGACGCAGUUUGGCGGCGGCGCUGGCGCGGGCGCGUGGAGGCGGCCGGCGGGAGGCGGCGGCCGGGCGCUGGCGCUCGACGCGCUGCCUCCUCAGGCGAGGAACGCGCUGCGCAACAAAAGCGCUGGUCGAGCGCGAAUCGGGUGGGGACGCGCGCCUCCAGUGCCGGUGGCGGCGUGGCGGGCGGCGGCGGGGCCGGAGGAGGGCGAAGCGGCGGCGCGAACGCGAGCGCCGUCGCUGCGCGGCGCCGACGCCAAAGCGCCCGGGACUGGCGCCGGCGGCCUGCACGACGAGCUGGAGCUGGGGGCGCAGCGCCCGCCGCCGUCCCUCGAGGCAGCUUCGCUGGAGGGCCGCAUGGGCGGCUGGAGCCGGCGGCUGCAACCGCGCCCCUGCAAAAAUCCAUGUUCCCGCGCGGUGACGCGCCUGCUGGCCGCAGCUCGAGCAGCGCGCACCCGCCCGCCCCGCCCCCGGCCCCCGCCCCGCGGGAGCCCGGCAGCAGGGGCGAGGAGGAGGAAAGAGACGUGUGGGGACAUAAGACUUAGCUGUCGUGACGAAGCUCCCGUUCGGAUGACAGUCGUGGGGCCCGGCGCCCGUGCCAGCUGGUAUGCGCUGCGGCGGGCGGCGGAGUGCGGCAACACGGAGGCGGUGCGCGCGCUGCUGGACUCCGGCGCCGACGUGCACGCGCGCGACAUCUUCGACGCGACGGCGCUGCACUGCGCCGCCGAGAACGGCCACAGCGCCACCGUGCAGCUGCUGCUGCGCCGCGGCGCGCACGCCGGCUGCAAGAACCACAGCGGGUGGUCGCCGCUGCACGCGGCCGCGCGCUGGGGCCACCCGCAGUGCUUCGCGCUGCUGCUGGCGGCGGGCGCCGACCUGGAGAGCCGCGACAAGUGGGGGCGCACGCCGCUGCACGUGGCGGCGCAGUGGGGCCGCGAGGCGGCGGCGCGCGCGCUCCUGGCGGCCGGCGCCAGCCCCUCGGCCUGCGACAGCCGCCGCCAGACGCCGCUGCACCUCGCCGCCUCCGACGGCGUGCGCCGCCUGCUGCAGCAGCACACCCGGCGCGCUUCAUUGCAAAGUGUCAACAGCUAUUGUUUACUUGGUGACAUCACUGGUGGAAAUAAUUGGAGGAAACUGAAAAGUAUUGAGGUUAUGCAACAAUUCAUUGGAUCAAAAUGCCACUGCAAUGGUAGUCUUGACACCAGUGAUGAAAAAAUGUUUUGAAGGACAAGAUGUGGUACAAUUGUUUGUGGGACCCAGUUCAUGUGCACCGCUCAAACUUGAAAUUAAGGCAGACUGAAUAUUAACUGGCAAAUUGCAUUAUAGUUUUUUGUCAGUGUCAUUAUCUUAUUUGUGUUGCAUGAAAAUGUAUUGAUGUAUUUUUGCAAGAUACCAGUUCUAAAACCAGAUAUCUGAAUCAUUAAUUCAUAUGGUAUCUUGUGUCAAGGUAGUAAGUUCUAUUUAGAACCACUUUCUGGUGCAAUAUUGAAGAUUCGAGCAUGAAGUAAGAACAGACAACCCCCUGGAAAAUCUUCCAGACAGACAAAUGGAUAGUCUCAAAUUUAAGUAAUUCAAAAUUUUUAUAUUGGUUCAGUGACUACUAGCUAGAUUGUAUCUCUAACAAAUUACAUGCUGCUACCUCCUAAUAAUGAAGCAGAUAUGCAUAUUACUGACUAAAUUCCAACAAGAUUCAAGAAUGGAAUACUUUUCAAACAGUUUACUUCUCAAAAAGGUUUCUGAUAACCUCUUUGUGCUCAAAUUCUUUCUAUAAGUAGCUGUGUUAGUAUUUUUAGAGCUUCACAAUAUUACUUAUUGUAACAAAUGUAAUGUCUCAAUGAACUUAUAAACUAGAGCUUUGUGAGACAUAUGAUGUGAAAAUGUUGUAGAAAAUAACAAUAGUAAAAGAUCAUUGCAACUUGUUUAUAUCAGAAAGAAAGGAUAGAAAUUAUUUUCUGUUUUAAGAUAACAUUUAAAAAAACUUUACUGAUAUCGUUCCAGUGUUUUUGAAUCAAUGCUAGAAAUAAACAUGUAAUUGUGUAUGCAGGAGUAUGAGAUAGUGUCUUGAAUGGGUGUAUACAGAAAUGUAUGCAUCUGUUAAGUUUCAUGUGUCUUGCAGAGAACAUACCUCAACAAAUGUUUUUCAAGGAAAAGCACAAUAUAGUAAAAUCAAAUAAAAACAAUAAAUUCUUAGAAUAAAAUACAAAAGGCUGAAUGUUUUUUUCAAAAACAGUGCUUGUGGUCCCGUCCUCUUGUCUUCUGUCCAAGAGGUGAUUGGUUUCAAAGUUUGGGCAGUUCUGCAAGUUGAAAUUGUGCGUAGUUAAUGUCGUCUAAUGUUACAGCAUGAUUUAUGUGAGUUGUUCUACAAAUUCAGAAUUUAGAAUAUUGUUAUGGAUAAUCUUCUAGUUUAAAUUGUUUUGAAACUAAAUGACUAAUAUUUUGUGUCUUUACGUGAUUACACUUGUCAAGUGUAUAUGUCUUUGUGUGUUUAUUCAAGAGAUAUUGCAAAGAUUGUGCAAUAAUGUUUACUUAUCAAAAACAUUGUCAAAUGUUAUUUGUAGCUAUGGGAAGUAUUGAAAGAUAGCUUCUUCAAACAUGUAUUAUUUCUAUUCCAGAUCUUUUUAAUGUUCAAAUAAUGGUGAAGUAAUUGUUUUAUAGUAGGUACCGUUCAUUAGAGCUUGUAGUCUGAGUAUUUUCAAAAUAACAAUGUUUUCAAGAUACUACUGUAUUUUAUUUUUGUGUAUGUUAUCUUUGUGGAACAGAAUAACCUGUAUCAAGAAA